AUGCAGAUUUUACAGGAGGAUACUAAUCAUUUUAAUUCUGAACAUUCAGGCUUUGGUAACCAAUUUAUUAAUUUUUCCGAAUCAUAUCACAAAAUAGCUGGGGAAGAAAAUUAUAAGAAUUCCGAGUUGAACGAAAUCAUUGCACACAAUAUAUACGACAAUAUAAAAAACAACAUCAAUUAUAUAAAAGAAACACAAUAUAACUCCUGCCAAGAUAUAUCAACGACAAAUUCAAACAACAAUCACUUCGUCAAAAACAAGGAAGGAAAACAUAAUUGUGAAUACUUAAAUAAUAGUAUAUCUUUACGAAAUAAUAUAAAAUUUACAAAUUCAAAAGAAGAUUCACAUAACGAAUCUCAUAAUAUAUUGAAGAACGAUAUAAAUAACUUAGGCAUACAUCAGUGCAUUCCUUAUAUAAGUUCUACAGAAUUUUUAGAGCAAAGUAAAAAAAGUAAAGAAAUUAAUAAUUUAUAUCCAACAUACAAAACAAUGAAUGACCCUAGAUACAAUGAUUAUCCACCUAUGAACGGAUUUGGAUAUAACCAUCAUAAUACUAGUAAUGAAAAUGGAUUUUAUACAAAUACUUAUAACAAAGAACUUGCCAAUCUAACAAUGCAACAACAUAACAUGCAUGGAAGAAAUAAUUUAAUGUUCGAAGAUGGUAACAUACCAUAUGGGCUUUAUGACCAGUCAAAUUAUACCGGAACAAAUUCAGUUAUGUGUGGAAAUGGUGUUGCAAAUGAACCAAAAAUGAUGUAUAGAAGAAAUGAAAUGAAUAGCCCACCUUACUAUCAUAAUUAUCCCAUGAAUAAUGGUAUGGGAUACAAUGAACCUAUUGUACCUCCAAUGCAAUAUAACCCCAAUAUGAGAAAAAAUAUGAUGAGAAAUGGUUACUCACAUGAAUGCAAUUACAUGAACAGUAGACCUAAUUAUCAAAUACCUAAGAAUAAUAUGGAUAUGACCAGUGAAAGAAAUUAUAAAAAAGACAACUGUAGAAAAAAUAUAUCAAAAAUUAAAAAAGGAGAUAUAGAUAUUAAUAUCGAAACCUCCUCUUCCAGUAAAAAGGGAGUUAUAAUUGACUUAAAUAUUGGCGUAGGAAAUUGA